AUGCUACUGAGUCGGAGCGUGUCUAACAUCGCAAAGUGGGGCCACCUUCGCUUACUACAGACUUUGGAGGGUAGCCGUGCAAGGACCCCCCAUAUUCAAACCGAUGCGAAUCCCCCGUUCUGUUACACUAGUGAGCGGUGGCUGUGGAAUGAGCGUGAGCAACUGGGAGCCAGAUAUCGACGUUUUGAUGUGCUCGGUCUUCAGCAAGCGGCCUGCAACUACAACAAGGCAUAUUGCCUUGAGAUGGAAGAUCGCCGAAAAGUCAUUGCAAAAGUCCCACAUCCUAAUGCUGGUCCACGAGUGAUUACGACAUCAUCGGAAGUAGCGACUAUGGAUUUUGCCCGGACUAUUUUGAAGAUACCCGGCAAUGGUAUCCCGGGAUGCGAGCCGGCUAUUAUCACGUCUGGUCCGCAAGAGGUCGUUUCUCAAGCUGAGUCAACUUAUUGCAUUGGACCCAUUACUCGCAAAGAGUUUUGGGAAAAAGAGCGCAGUAAUAUGGAAUGCCAAGGUCCAUUGAUGGUAGGAACAUCUUCUGCAAAAUACCUCGAGGCAAUUGCUCGCCGUGAGAUUGAUUGGAUCAAUGCACAUGCAAAUCUACACGAAAAGACUAUGGCUACAUGGCGUUACACGAGCCUGAAACAAAAAUCUCCUGAGGCACACAUAGCUCUAUUGCAAAAGUUUCUAGCUGCAAUUCCGUAUAUCACACCCCAAGACCCAGAGCUGGUCUCUCCUAGACUUUGGCACCCAGACUUCCACACUGGCAACAUCUACAUCGAAAAUCAAGCCCAGAUAUCAUGUAUAAUCGACUGGCAAGGAGCCUGGACUACCUCCGUAAAGCUCAGAUAUCAAGUGCUUCAAUCCAUCUUAAUCCACGCAUGCGAAACGACUACAGCAGAGAAGAACCCUCUAAUGUACAAGGCAAUGCGGCAUCCCCAAGGCCAAACCCUCAAGCACUUAGAAGCUUUUGCCGGCUCUACCUGGGACGACUGUCUCUUCUCCUUCGAGGAAUAUUUGAUCUCCGUCGAGCGGUGCCAACACCACGAAGAAUUCGGGGCGUUCAGUAAAUGCCAAGAAUUCCGGAGGGCACUAAAAGGCAUCUUGACCGAUGAGGGCUAUACGUCGAACGAGAGUUUCAGUACAGCUGUCGAGAUACUAAAAGACUUGAGGCAAGUAAGUCUAGAUAAGCUAAAUGGUAAGGAACGAUGCAGCUUCGAGGAAGAGACGCGUUGGAUAGCGGAUCUUGAUAGACAUGACGAAUAG